AGUAUAGUUUGACCGGUCAAGUAAUUUACACCAUCAUUUUUGGCGCCACCCGUGGGACCGUUAAGGUUUCUUCUCUUCCAAAUACAAACCUACCCACAAAAACACCACUCAAAAUGUCUUCAAGCCAGCAAAUCAACGCCACCCCUGCUCAGGUGCAAGCCACCACUGAAGGUACCAGCAUCCCCAUGGCUGUUACCUUGCCAACCGUUUCUGCUCCGGUUUUGCCAUUGGGACUAAGCUCGGUUCCAACACCCAGCAUGGUCAGCCCAUUCACGGCUCCCGUCCCUUCCGCUGGGCCGAGGGUCACUUUCCCACAAAGCAUGACUCAGUUCAUGAAUGACCCCGCCAACCUGCAGGCAAUUCAGGGCUUUGGCCAGGUCAUGGCCAUGUGCCAACAGAAUGGGGGGAUGCCUUUCCUCCCAGGCAUGUUUCCAUUCGCCCUUCCAGGCGCUGGAACGAUGCCCCUUCAAGCUCCGAUGGCAGUGACGCCAUUCCAGACGCCGGUGCCGCAACCAUCACCUUUCCAGCUGCAGCUGGUCAGCACCAUGGCACCUGUCAACUUGACUGGUGCGCUCAACGCCGCAGGGCCGUCGCGUCCCCCGCAAGGUACGAAUCCGCUAAUCACCCCCGAUGGUCACUGCGUCUCAGUGGAGAGCGGAGACGACGAGUGGGACAUUCUAAGGACCCACAAGAACAAGAAGGGAAAAACCAUCCGACCCGCCACCUCCCGAAACUCCGCCUUCGAAAGGCUGGGGGAUAGGGAGGAGGGCCAGAGAAAAUCAGCCAAGCUAAGGCUGGGGCAAAGCGUUGCCCAUGUCAGCGCGUUUGCCCGGUUAGGCGAGAUGAGGGAGGUCGAGCCUGCCCGCACCCAACGCUCCCGGUCAAACCGGCAGGAGCCAGCCAGGACGAGGGCCUCUCGCCAGGAGGAAGAGGCAGAAAGCCAACCCAGGGUACCGGUGGCUAACCGGUUAACCACCCCCAAUGAUCGCGUCCAACAGAUGGAGGCAAAGCUGGAGAGGCUGGAGAAGAAGGUUGGAGAGAAGAAUGACCGGGACAAACCCCUCGCAGGGUCCCCGUUCACUACAAGGGUCCAUCUGACACCUUUCCCACGAAAGGUCAAGAUAGACGCCCCAAGGUUUACCGGUAAGGAGGAUCCAGAAAUACAUCUAGAUUCUUUCAACCAAAGUGCAACUAUGAAUGGUUGUACGGAUGAAGAAAAGUGCCUCCUUUUCUUCCAAACCCUGCGGAAUCGAGCUACUGAAUGGUUCAACAAACUUCGCCCAGGAAGUAUUGAUUCAUUCAGUGACUUGGCCUCAAAAUUUAAGGCCAAAUUCCAGGAAAACUGUACUAAGAGGAAGAAAUUCACCUAUCUUAGUACAGCCGGGCAGAGGGAAUCUGAGAACCUCACUCAGUUCCUUACCCGGUGGAAGGAGGAGGUAGACAAGACGGUGUUGUCCCUCCUCCUGAACGGCUUGCGUGCUGGGGAACUUUACAAGGAGUUCUGCCGAAAACCCCCGGCCACGUAUCAGGAGGCCUACCACACUGCAUGGGAGUUUGCUGAGGCUGAAACUCAACUCCGGGCAAAGAAAGAAGCUGAGCAUGGUUAUAAGCCCAAGCCAGUGCAAGUCAAAAAGGAAGAAGCACCGGUAACCAGCCGGCCAAGGCAUCACUAUGACCCGGUCGUCCGUGUGGUCAACACAGAAGAGUGCCAAGAAAUGAUAGACAGCGGAGAACUGGGCAAGGAUUAUCUGCAGAAAGCCCAGGAGAAGAACCAUCAAUGGGUAAGGCCAGCGACCCAGGGAAAUGACCGGGACAAUGACCGGCGGAAGAACAACCGGAAAAGGGAGCAACAACCUGCCCCUGACAAAGAACAUAUUGGGAUGAUCUUUGGCGGACCCGAAGGAGGAGAUUCAGCCGCGCAGCGAAAAAAUUGGGUUUGCAGCAUUUACGUUGGUGAGGUGAGUGCCGAACCGGCCAGGCGUAAGUAUCCCAGGAGGGAGCCAAUAGUCUUCACUGACCGGGACCUCCCUCCUACCGGUUUCACGGGAGACACAGUGGAAGCUGAGGGGUCCAUAGUUCUACCGGUCGAACUAGGAUCGGGCGAAAAGAUCGUGUGGAAGAAGAUGCGGUUCAUCGUUGUGGACAUCAAAUGCGUCCACAACGCCAUCCUUGGAAGGCCUGGCAUCAACAAGGUUGGGGCGGUGAUUUCCAUGCCUCACCUAUGCAUGAGGUUCCACACUCCAGGCGGUGUGGGAGAAGUGAGGUGCGACCAGAGGAAUGCCCAGGAGUGCUAUGCCCGGGCGGUUAAAAAGAUGACUAAGGGGGUCAACGUCAUCUCCCAGGAGAUCGCGAAGGGCGAAACCCGGGAGAAGCUGGAGCCUGAAGCGGAAACGGUGGAGAUCGAACUCCACCCGGGUGAUUCAUCAAGGAUGGUCCGAAUUGGGGCGAACCUCCCUGAAGAUCUCAAGGCGGAGAUCACGCGGGUCCUCCAAGAAUACGCGGGCAUAUUCGCCUGGAGCGUGGCGGAUAUGCCCGGGAUAGACCGCUCAAUCAUCUGCCACCGGCUGGCAGUGAGAGAUGGAAGUCGACCGGUACGCCAGAAGAAAAGGUACCUGGCCAGUGACCGGCGAGACUUCGUCAAGAAGGAGGUGAAGGACCACCUCAACCUACCGGUCAACAAACCCGCCGAACAAUGGUGGGAGAUGGCAGUAGACGGGGCGUCCGGUCCUAAAGGUUACGGGGGUGGUGUAGUCUUUACCACCCCGGAAGGAUUCAAAAUUUACCAUGCAAUCAUCUUCAACUUCAAGCUGACGAACAACGAGGCAGAAUACGAAGCUCUGGCUGGAGGGCUCAGACUUGCCCAAGCCCUGAAGAUCGACCGGGUCAGUAUCAAAUCUGUUUCCAGUUUGAUCGUUGGGCAAGUGACCGGUAACAUGGAAGCCAGAGAAGGGCGAAUGGCGCAAUACAAGGACCUGGUGCUUGCCUUGUUGAAAGGUUUUGAGGAAUUCAAGAUCGCCCAAAUCCCCCGGGCGGAAAAUGCAGAUGUAGACCUUCUCUCCAAAUUGACGCAGUAUGCUCCCGAGCAUGUUUCAAAACUUGCCCGGGUAGAAAUUCUUGAUCAUGCAAGCAUUGAAAAAUUGGAAGUAGCCGCCAUAGCAGAAACAAGCCAACCUGACCGGUCAAACUUGGUCGGGGCGGAUGACCAUUGGAUGUAUGAUCUGAUGGAAUACCUAAUGGACGGGACCUUGCCGGAACAAGAUGACCGGGCAAGAAAAGUGAAGCUCCGGGCACCCCGGUUCCAAGUCCUUGACGGAAAGCUGUACAAGAGGGCGUUCGGGGGACCCCUCCUGAGGUGCCUAACCAACCGGGAGACUGAACGAGUCAUAGCAGAAGUCCAUGAAGGUGUAUGUGCAGCGCAUCAGAUGUCCCGCACUCUUUCCCAGCGCAUCAUCUUGUUGGGAUAUUACUGGACAACAAUUGUCCAGGAUUGCGAGAGGUACGUCCAGAAGUGCAGAACGUGCCAAGUGUUCUACAAGUACCCCGGUAGGCCGGCGACCUACUAUCACCCCGUAUCAAACGUCAUCCCUUUCGCCAGAUUCGGGGUGGAUAUCAUUGGGGCAUUCCCAAUCGCCCAAGGAAGGAAGAAAUUUGUAAUCGUGGCCAUCGAUUACUUCACCAAAUGGAUCGAAGCCGAGGCGUUGGCCAAUAUCCCCACGCAGCAAUGCAAGAAGUUCAUUUGGAAGAACAUCAUCACGAGGUUUGGGGCUCCCAUGAACCUAAUUACCGACAAUGGUCUACAAUUCCGAAAUCCAAGAUUCACCGAAUACUUGGAGGGCUUCGGAAUCAAGCAUAACCGCUCUUCGGUGGCGUACCCCCAAGGAAAUGGCCAAGUUGAAAACGCCAACAGGACUAUUGUGGAUGCGAGGCUGCCCAUCGAAGCUGAAUUCCCAACUUCCCGGGAAUCAAAUUAUCAACCCCAACAAAAUGAAGAAGAUCAUCUCGCCGAACUCAACCUGGUCGAAGAGCGGAGAAUGGCCGCGGAAGUUAAAAUGAGCACAUAUCAACAAGUCGUGAAGAAGUACCACGACAACAAGGUUGGACCACGAUACUUCCAAGUUGGAGAUGAAGUCCUACGAAGAAGAGAGGCUAGUAGACCGGGUGAUGGAGGAAAACUGGCCAAAAACUGGGAAGGCCCGUACCGGGUGAGAGCUAUUGUCCGCCCGGGAACCUACCGGUUAGAAAAUCUAGAGGUACACCCGGUAGAAAGAACCUGGAACUCCCACCAUCUUCGCAAAUUCUACAAAUGAUUGUAAUACUAGGCAAGGCCUACUUCAUUAUCAAUCAAACCGAUGAUAUUCAAUACUCUACAUGGUAGCAGCAGAAUUGAUAGGUCGAACCUAUCCUAGGAGGGCUUCCCGGGUGGAUCGGAUCCACUCGGAUAAGCCAACUGAGACACAGGCCCGGACCUGGCACGCUGGUUACUACACCGG